GGCGAGCGGAGUGUCUCCAAGAUGGCCGCUUGGGGAAGGAGGCGUCUGGGCCCGGGCAGCAGUGGCGGCGGCGCCCGCGAGAGGGAAUCAACAGUGUUUGUAAUGAAGAACAUCAGACUCUGAGCUGUAACCUGAAUUCUUGUCCAAAAUUCAGCACACUGGCAGCGAACACAUCAAACAGAUUGCCACUUGUCCUGUCGGCGUCUUUGAGACACACUUGCCCAUCUAGGAAAGCACAGUGCAGGUAUCUGUGUAUUCUGCCACCGUGUGCCAGCCGGACCAGCUCACAGACAGACAGCCCCGCCUGUCUUACUUGGGCUGCUUGGCUUCACUCUCUCAGGGCCCCUGGGCCUCCCUGAGCUCUUCUCCGUGAUUGUUGGAAUGGUGAGUUUGUCGGCCACAGACUGCUACAUCGUGCACGAGAUCUACAAUGGGGAGAACGCCCAAGACCAGUUUGAGUACGAGCUGGAGCAGGCUUUAGAAGCCCAGUACAAGUACAUUGUGAUCGAGCCCACGCGCAUCGGCGACGAGACGGCGCGCUGGAUCACCGUGGGCAACUGCCUGCACAAGACGGCUGUGUUGGCGGGCACCGCCUGCCUCUUCACCCCGUUGGCGCUGCCCCUAGAUUAUUCCCACUACAUCUCCCUGCCUGCUGGUGUGCUGAGCCUGGCCUGCUGCACUCUCUACGGAAUCUCCUGGCAGUUUGACCCCUGCUGCAAGUACCAAGUGGAGUACGAUGCCUAUAAACUGUCCCGCCUGCCCCUGCACACGCUCACCUCCUCCACCCCAGUGGUGCUGGUCCGGAAGGACGACCUGCACAGAAAGAGACUGCACAACACGAUAGCACUGGCCGCCCUGGUGUACUGUGUAAAGAAGAUUUACGAACUCUACGCCGUAUGAUUUCAGUAGACAGGGAGAGAAGCAGAGCCAUCCAGCCUAUAAGAGACAACAUAGUAUUCAGAUUGCCACAGUAACAUUUUGUGCUCUGCGAGGCAGAGGAGCCUGGGAAGGUGUUUGGUUUAUAUUUGUUAUUUUAAAAAAAAAUAACACAGAUCACGGGUGUACCAAGGGUUUUUUCAACUCAUUACACUAAGAUGUGGAUUUCCAUAAUCUAAGAAGGGGGGUCUGAGGCUGUGGAAGUCUGACUGGGCCCUGGAAGGUUGGUGGAAGCCGACGCUGCCGAGGGGUGUGAGUGCGCUGGGGGGCGGGCUUAAGAGCGUUGUUUAACUGUACCAUUCAGAGCCAACCAGAGGCUACUGACCAUUAAAAUUAUGAGAAUUUCA